AAAUAUGAAAAUCUGCUUACUCAUUGUUAUGAUUCUAUCGACUUCUUUUGUGGCGGCGGAUCCUAUGAGGAAGAAACCACUCUGUAAAAUGUGUGAAGGUUUUGUUGAGAAUGUGGACGAAGUGGUCAAAAAAGAAGGAGAUAUUGCAGAGUCUGUCGAAAAAUUCUGCCGCAAUGAUGUCCCAAGGUUCCUCGUUGAAGCAUGUGAAAAGAUGAUUUUAAAGAAUCUCAAGUAUAUUAUUGAGAGACUAAAGAUGUUGAGCUGUCGUAGCCAAAUAGUUACGCUCAUUAUUGACGUAACCGAGAAGGAUCAAGCAGUUUUGACUGGAAGUGUUGACUCAUUACCUCCAUAUCUCAAAUUUUUGAGAGGUAGAAGUGUUGAGAGGGCAAAAGGCCCUCGCAAGUUGUGUUUGUUGAUAGAUUCAUGCUUUGCAGAGGAACAAGAUUGAAC